CAGCUCCACACUGUCGGGAUGUGACCCCGGAACAGGACGCUUCCUUAGAAACAACUCCACAUUCAAAUAAAACACAGGCGAAGAAAACAGAGAAAAAACCCUGGACCAGGAGAGUUGGAUUGCAGUAAUGCACUGAUUGGUUGGAUUGGAUUGCACUGCUAGUCUCCUGAUGCGAAACAGAGCCAGCGACUGUAUGUGAUCCAGUCCUCACAGUAGCCAAGUGGAAAGCAGCUCGCAGCAUUUGGCUUGAACCAGAGAGACAGAGGAAAGGUUUUUUGCGGCGGCGCUUCAGGAGCAGGGGGGAUGAACCGUGAGGAGGCCCCCGGAAAGUCUCCUGAGGAGAUGUACAUUCAGCAGAAGGUGCGGGUGCUCCUCAUGUUGAAGAAGAUGGGAUCAAAUCUGACACCAAAUGAGGAAGCGUUCCUGCGGAACUAUGCAGGCGUGGUGCACAGUCAGAUGAGCCAGCUCCCACAGCACAACAUUGACCAGGGUGCAGAGGACGUGGUGAUGGCCUUCUCCAGAUCAGAGACGGAGGACAGGAGGCAGUGACCUCUUGCCCCCCAGCGGCUCCUCACUACAUCUGAACCCACCACAACACUGUUGACUGACGGAGAGGGAAGGACUGAGAGUGAGAUGGGAGAGGAGCAGGUCUAUAAAGCUCACUGCCUGCCCUACUCCCCCCCUCUCUUCCUCACUCCCCUCCUCUUCCUCACACUAACCGUCACACUAGCAGCCGAGCGUGCGCCUUGCUGUCAGACGAGGUCAUGAAAAAUGAGUCAGUGUGACUUUUCGUUUUUAUUUUUAAAUUUUUUUUUUCCCCUGUUUUUGGUCAGCAUCAUGCUUCAGGCAGUUUGUGUGUUGUGUGUCUGUCCUGGUCAGAGACUGAACGGACCAAGAGCUUCAUUUGUCUGGUCAAACCAAGAGGAAAAGUGUGUAUGAGUUAGGAUAAAUGGACUUUUGGGUUCCUGUUUUUUGGGAUGGUGUUUGUUUUUGUUUUGUUUCUUGUUGCUAUCGUGUAUGGGCUCCUUCAGGUGGAGAUUGUGGAGAGCUGACUGUGUUCAUUUUAUAUAUUUUUUUUUAACUUUCAACCGGAUUGUAAUCCUCACAUCAUAAUCUCAUCACAUUAAAUGUGCAAGAUGUUGAGGAAGCCACUGCACUACAUCAUCAUAAAGGACGUGGAGCGAAUUACCUGACUCAUUCAGUAGUGUUUUUUUUUUUGUUUUCUUUUUGUUUUGUUUUUUUGUUUUUUUUUUUUUGAAUGUUUGUAUUAAUGUGAAAUUUCACAACUUUUUUUUUUUUUUUAUUGUAAAGACAAUACGGAAAAAAUACUAGUGAAUGAAUUGUGCCAACUGUUUCUUUUAUUGUAAAAUAAUUUUUAAAGAUAUCUAAUGAAUGUCUUGAGUCCUUAUUUAUUUUUCCAAUUUUAAUCUUAAAACUGAAAGGUGAACAACAUCCCCUUAGAGACACGUUUUCAGCAAAAGGACGUUUUUACAUAAAUUGCCAUAGAUUAGGACUUUACUAAACAGAGUCAGAACGAAACAGUUUCAGCCUUAAGCUUUAUAACCAACUAGUCUUCUGAGUAUUGGCAGUCAAACUGAAAAGGGAAACUUUCUAACAAAGAACCAUUAACUGCCCAGACAU